AUGGCAAAGAAAUCGAUCACCGGGAAGAUUCCGGUUCCGAUGAGAUCUUGUGAUCGGUUGGAGGAAGCGCUGUUGCAGUGCCACCGUCGGAUGCCGGAAGGACCGGCGAGGAGAUCAGGUUGCAGACAUUUGAACAAGGCGUUUGCGGAGUGCGUGGUGGGGGAGGCUUGUCCGGAGGAAUCAGAGGCGGUGAGGUCACUUUGCUCAAGCGGCGGGACAAGCCUCAAGCGUAAACAGUGCGAGGACGCUCAGCUUUCACUUUCUCUCUGUCUCUCUCGUCAUCAGAGACAAUUUGAACAGCGGUAGAUAAGAAAGGAGUUAUUUUUAUAUAAUGGUGGUCUUGUUGUUGAAGCUUCUUGGAUGUGGUAAGCUUUGUAAUUGGGAAAUUUAGGGAUUACAAAGUCUGAUUCUUUCUGCAUCUGUUGGAGAUGAGAUCAUGAAUAUCAAAUGGUCCUUAUAUGGGUUUGCUAUAAUGAAUUGGGUUUAGUUUGUAAAUGCUGUAAUGAAGCAGGAGACACAUGAUGGUGGGAACUUACUGCAACUUUGUGGUUUUGGUUACUUGGUAUCUCAAUCUUCAAUUGUCUAAUCAAUUAUGAUACAUACUUGGAUGCUGCUUCUAA